UAUCAGCAGUCGAUUUUGUAAAAUUAUUAAACAAUGAUUUAUCAAAAGAAAAACGAGAUGAAAUACUUAAGCAAAUCACAAAAUCAGAUACAAAAAAAGGAAACAAGAUGAAAGAUACUAUUGAUAUCAUAUACUAUUUUUACAGCUUGCGAGACAUUGUAGCUCAUCUUUUAGGCUGUGAAGAAAAGCAAGCUCUCAAAAAAAUAAAGGAAAUAUUCGAUGCUGAGGAACUUAAAAAACAACGAACAAUAACAGAAUUUUUUGUUGAAGAUAACCAACAAAAGAUAACUGAGUUUGUUGAAACAAUACCUAAUACAUUAAAACGAAAACCAACUGAAGAAUUACACAGACAGAAAAAUAAUAAAAAACAAAAAACUCAAUCAAAACUAGACAAAUUUUAUUACUCUGAUAUAUCACGUAAACAUAAAUUACAAGCUGACGAAUAA